AUGGCACCCAAAAGGCCCCUCGAGGCCGCAGAAACCUCGACGGCACCAGAGACCAAGAAGCCCCGCCACGGCUUCCGUGUUGGCCCAGAGAACCUGCCCGACGGCCCUUGGCGGCGCAAAGUGACAAAGAUCAAGAAAGACCUGAUCCACAAAGCCAAAGUAAAGAAGGAAUACGCCAAGAUCAAGGCCCAGGAGCAACAAGCAGCCGCCGCCGCCGCCACCACCACCAUAGCCGCAGCAUCAGCAAACCCAACCUCGGCCGAUGGCGCCCAAGACACCGACCCGGAGGCCGAUGCGGAGGCCGAGCCCCAAAUCCACCCGGAGCGCCAGGCCAUGCUAGACGACGACGGCGGCGACGGCGAAGAGGAGGAGGAGGCAGAAGCAGCGCGGGUGGAUGGCGACCACGCCAGCGGCAACAACCACCACCACAAGAACAACAGCCGCCGGAGGCGCAACAAGCCCGAGUACUUUGAGAAGCAGCUCGCCGAGGCGGACCGCCGCAAGAAAGAGGCCGAGGAGCGCGAGGCCGAGAGGCAGCGGCGCGAGGAGGAGAAGCAGCGCAAGCUGGCCGAGCGCGAGAGGAUACGCAAGGCCAUGGCACGGGCGCGGUCGUCGAAAGGCCCUCGCCUUGGCGGCCAUCCCAGUGCAAGAGGCGGACGCACUGCUGGUGGUGGUGGUGGUGGCCAGCAGGGCCCGCGCAAGCUUGGCAGGGAGAGCGGUAUCCUGCUCGACAAGGUCAAGAAGAUGAUGGAGAAGUAG